CGUGGUGGGGGUGGUCUGAGUGCACGGCUUCACUUUUUAAGCCGCUGGCUCGUGGACGUCCGACAUGGGCAAAGGGUUUGGUGCAGAGAAGAAGAGGAGGAAGAAGAAUCGUGAUUUAGAUGAGCUGAAGAAGGAGGUGGCCUUGGAUGACCACAAAAUCUCAGCGGAUGACCUGUGCAAGCGAUAUGGACUGGACCUUACGAAGGGCCUCACCAAUGCUAAAGCCGCUGAGGUUCUGGCCAGGGAUGGGCCAAACGCCCUGACACCGCCGCCCACCACGCCCGAGUGGGUCAAGUUCUGCCGCCAGCUGUUCGGCGGCUUCUCCAUCCUGCUGUGGAUCGGCGCCGUUCUCUGCUUCCUGGCCUACAGCAUCCAGGUGGCCUACGAGGACGAGCCGCCCAAUGACAACCUGUACCUGGGCGUCGUCCUGGCCUCCGUAGUCAUCAUUACGGGCUGUUUCUCGUACUACCAAGAGGCCAAGAGCUCGCGGAUCAUGGACUCCUUCAAGAAGAUGGUGCCUCAGCAAGCUAUGGUGAUCCGCGAGGGGGGGAAAGUGCAGAUUGACGCCGAGCUGGUGGUGCAGGGAGAUCUGGUGGAGAUCAAAGGCGGGGAUCGCAUCCCGGCCGACCUGCGAGUCAUCGCUGCCAGCGGAUGUAAGGUGGACAACUCGUCGCUGACCGGUGAGUCAGAGCCCCAGACUCGGUCUCCCGACUUCACGCACCACAACCCCUUGGAGACUCGCAACAUCUGCUUCUUCUCCACCAACUGCGUCGAGGGCACAGUCCGCGGCGUGGUGAUUGCCACCGGAGACCGCACGGUUAUGGGCCGCAUUGCCACGCUGGCGUCGGAGCUGGAGGUGGGGCGCACGCCCAUCAACAUCGAGAUCGAGCACUUCAUCCACAUCAUCACGGGCGUGGCCGUCUUCCUGGGAGUCAGCUUCUUCGUGCUGUCCUUCAUCCUGGGCUACACCUGGCUGGAGGCUGUCAUCUUCCUCAUCGGCAUCAUCGUGGCCAACGUGCCCGAAGGCCUCCUGGCCACCGUCACUGUGUGCCUGACCCUGACAGCCAAGCGCAUGGCCAAGAAGAACUGCCUGGUGAAGAACCUGGAGGCCGUGGAGACUCUGGGCUCCACCUCUACCAUCUGCUCGGACAAGACGGGCACACUGACGCAGAAUCGCAUGACCGUCGCCCACAUGUGGUUCGAUAACCAGAUCCACGAGGCCGACACCACCGAGGACCAGAGUGGUUCGUGUUUUGACAAGAGUUCUACGACUUGGGUGGCUUUGUCCCAUGUGGCAGCCCUGUGCAACCGGGCCGACUUCAGAGCAGGACAGGAGCAAGUUGCUAUCUUGAAGCGGGAGACGGCGGGCGACGCAUCUGAGUCGGCGCUGCUAAAGUGCAUCGAGUUGUGUUGUGGUGAUGUUCGAAAGAUGCGAGACCGGAAUGCCAAAGUGGCAGAGAUCCCCUUCAACUCCACCAACAAAUACCAGCUCUCCAUCCAUAAAGCUGGGGACAAUCCUUCCGGUCAUAUUCUGGUCAUGAAGGGAGCGCCGGAGAGAAUCCUGGACAGGUGCAGCACUAUCAUGAUCCACGGCCAGGAGCAGACCAUGGACGACAACUGGCGGGACGACUUCCAGAAUGCCUAUAUGGAGCUGGGCGGGCUGGGAGAGCGAGUGCUUGGCUUCUGCCACCUAAACCUGCCGCCAUCUCAGUUCCCCCGAGGGUUCGCCUUUGACUGCGAGGAUGUGAACUUCCCCACUGAGCAGCUCUGCUUCCUGGGCCUCAUCUCCAUGAUUGAUCCGCCGCGCGCCGCCGUGCCCGACGCCGUGGGUAAAUGCCGCUCGGCUGGCAUCAAGGUGAUCAUGGUCACUGGCGAUCACCCAAUCACAGCCAAGGCCAUUGCCAAAGGGGUGGGGAUCAUCUCAGAGGGCAAUGAGACAGUGGAAGACAUCGCCGAGCGCCUCAACAUCCCACUCAGCCAGGUUAACCCCAGGGACGCCAAGGCCUGUGUGGUCCAUGGUUCGGACCUGAAGCACAUGAGCUCCGAGUACCUGGAUGACCUGCUGAGGAACCACACCGAGAUCGUGUUCGCACGCACCUCACCGCAGCAGAAACUUAUCAUAGUAGAGGGAUGCCAGAGACAGGGGGCCAUUGUGGCAGUGACGGGGGAUGGCGUCAAUGACUCGCCGGCCCUGAAGAAGGCCGACAUCGGUGUCGCCAUGGGGAUCGCUGGCUCAGACGUGUCCAAGCAGGCGGCCGACAUGAUUCUGCUGGAUGACAACUUUGCCUCCAUUGUCACCGGCGUGGAGGAGGGGCGGCUCAUUUUUGACAACCUGAAGAAGUCCAUCGCUUACACACUGACCAGCAACAUCCCAGAGAUCUCACCCUUCCUGCUCUUCAUCAUUGCCAGCGUUCCCCUUCCGCUGGGAACAGUCACCAUCCUCUGCAUCGACUUGGGCACGGACAUGGUUCCUGCCAUCUCAUUGGCCUAUGAGAUGGCAGAGAGCGACAUCAUGAAGCGCCAGCCAAGGAACCCAAAAACGGACAAGCUGGUCAACGAGCGAUUAAUCAGCAUGGCCUACGGGCAGAUAGGUAUGAUCCAGGCUCUAGGCGGCUUUUUCACCUACUUUGUCAUCUUAGCCGAGAACGGCUUCCUGCCAAGCACACUGCUUGGGAUCCGAAUCAACUGGGACGACCGCAUGGUCAACGACAUAGUGGACUUUUACGGGCAGCAGUGGACAUACGAGCAAAGGAAGAUCGUGGAGUUCACGUGCCACACGUCUUUCUUCACCAGCAUCGUGGUGGUGCAGUGGGCCGACCUUAUCAUCUGCAAGACCAGGAGGAACUCGCUAUUCCAGCAGGGCAUGAAGAACAGAAUCCUGAUCUUCGGCCUAUUCAUUGAGACGGCCCUGGCCGCGUUCCUCUCCUACUGCCCCGGAAUGGACGUGGCCCUGCGCAUGUACCCGCUCAAGAUCGGCUGGUGGUUCUGCGCCUUCCCGUACAGUCUUCUGAUCUUUGUCUACGAUGAAAUUCGUAAAUUAAUUCUGCGGAGGAACCCUGGAGGCUGGGUGGAGCAGGAGACAUACUAUUAACAUUCACAAGACAUCAGCGUCAAAGCCAAAGAGUGCGCGUGUUUGUCUGUCUGUAGCAAUAUUUGCAUGGAUCAGAUGACAAAUAGGAUUAGUCUGAAAUGAUCAGAUGCUAAUAAUCGCCGCGAAAAAUAGGCUUUUGAAUAUGUUUGUACAAAA